AUGAUAUGGUGGUGUCUAGAUGCAGUUUUAGCAAAGACCGACGUUGUGAUUCAGCCCUCUAGCCCCGUCAAGUACGAACCUGUAGACUCACCACUCCGGAAUUGGUUCUUUCCCAACAAGAAGGCUGCGGCUAAGUUAGGUGGCGAGGUGUACAAGGUCGCAGUGACAAGUGACGGUUGUGCCUAUUUUAUAUUUCGGAGAUAUGCAGAGUUCAGCAAACUAAAUGAAAUGCUGAAAAAGCAAUUCCCAGAACGCAGGUCUCAAACUGCCAGGCAAGAAAUUCUUUGGAACAACUUCGAUCCGUCGUUCAUCAGGCAUCGCCGGGAGGGCCUCAACGACUUCAUACAGAAGCUGGUUAGCUCCCGUGCGGAUGUGAAGGCGUUCCUGCAGCUCGACAAUCCACGCAACACCGAGCUCAUCCCGGUGAGGACGACGCGCCGGCAGACGAGACGUCAACCCAAUGAAAGCAAGCAUCUUUUUGAUCUCGGACAAACAGAAAACACUCAGGUAAAGCCGAGUGAAUUUGAAUUCUUGAAGGUGAUUGGCAAAGGCAGCUUUGGUAAGCUGAAAAAGCAAUUCCCAGACGCAGGUCUCAAACUGCCAGGCAAGAAAUUCUUUGGGAACAACUUCGAUCCGUCGUUCAUCAGGCAUCGCCGGGAGGGCCUCAACGACUUCAUACAGAAGCUGGUUAGCUCCCCGGUACUGUUCAACAAUGCGGAUGUGAAGGCGUUCCUGCAGCUCGACAAUCCACGCAACACCGAGCUCAUCCCGGUUGAGGACGACGCGCCGGCAGACGACGACGUCAACCACGUGUACAAGGUCGCAGUGACAAGUGACGGUUGUGCCUAUUUUAUAUUUCGGAGAUAUGCAGAGUUCAGCAAACUAAAUGAAAUGUUGUUCUUCCACCUGCAAAAGGAUCGUUACUUUUCCGAGCCACGUGCCAAAUUCUACGCUGCCGAAAUUGCAAGUGCAAUCGGAUAUUUGCACAGUCUGAAUAUUAUAUACAGAGAUUUGAAACCGGAAAACAUUCUAUUGGAUUCCAAAGGACAUGUCGUCCUCACAGACUUUGGUCUCUGUAAGGAGAACCUAGAGCAGGACAGCACAACGUCAACGUUCUGUGGCACUCCCGAGUAUCUUGCGCCGGAGGUUUUGAAAAAACAAGCCUACGACAGAACGGUCGACUGGUGGUGUUUAGGAGCGGUCACCUAUGAAAUGGUGUACGGACUGCCUCCAUUCUAUAGUCGUGACACGGCCGAAAUGUACAACAACAUACUGCAUAAACCGCUGCAACUGCGCUCAAAUGUCUCCGUCGAAGGCCGAGGCUUGUUGGAGGAGCUGCUGCAAAAAGACAAGACCAAGCGGCUAGGUCACUCGAACGAUUUCAAGGACGUCAAGAGUCAUGCAUGGUUUGCUGACUUGAACUGGGAGGACUUGGAGGCAAAGAAGAUUUCGCCGCCAUAUAAUCCUAACGUGAAGGAUCUCAUGGACUUGCGCCAUUUCGAUCCCGAGUUUGUGCGUGAACCCGUACCGCAGUCUGUCGGGGCAUCUGCCGGUCACCUGACUCACAUCAGCGCAAGCGUGCAGGAAGCAGACGAGGCCUUCAUGGGAUUCUCGUACGCGCCGCCAGCCGAGGACGCGUUCUUGUGAUGGGACCCGAAAGGGGAAAACGGAAACCCGGAUGCUGGGGGGAGGGAGAAGGAAGACGACUUUGCUGCAGUAAUAGCAGCUGGGAUUGUUGCCUAGCUGUAUAAUACACUUGCUUUAACCUUGUGUUGGAGGAGAGUGUGGAUUCGGGUAGCUAUGCACAUGCCAGACAAGAAAUAGUCAUGAGUUGUUCAGGUUUUUCUUGCCAUAUACCUAAGGUAGUUCCACACAAUUCACUACCAUUGUAAUUUGCAAUCGACAAAAGUUCUCUGCAAUACGAAACUGCCCUUCUUCGAUUUGCUACUUUAAACGUAAUAUAUUCGUGUAUAUUCUGACUUUUGAUCGUUUUCUUAUGAUUUGUGUGAAAUGAUAGAAAUCCCAGCAAUAGGACGUGUGCGAGGGAGAUGGUGACCAAUAUAUUCAGGAUGCAAUGAGGUUGUAACAAUUGUUGCGGUGUUUGUUAGAUGGUUCUAUUAACACUACGUUACUCGGAACCGCUCUGUUUUCACUUAAAAAUGAAUAGGUACAAAUGUCAGUUAGCAUUAGUUGUAGUAAUAAGCGGAAGAGCUAAUAGUUAAGUGUAAUUGAACACACGAUUAUAAGGUAGUUGUGAAUAUUGAUGUCCGUCAAUGUAUUGUCAUGCCAUCUUCUGGCAGAUUAUAGGUUAGGUGAUCUCCCACUCAAGAAGUGCUUUGCACGUGGGAUCUAUAGAUCAAUCAAUACUACAUGAAAUUUCGGGUAUAUCUAUGCAGAAACAUAGUUGGUGAUCUGUUAUAACUUGCUGGCACGUACGUUGUUAAUGUUGCAUUUAUUUGCUGCGGUAAGGAUUUACAGAAUAUCUGAACAGUGCCGCAGUAUAUGUUACUUCGCAUUUGGGUGUGAUUACUCAGGCGGCUUAGAUUCAUUUAAUUAUUCUGUAGACGGUUUUUGUGUGAUAACACAUGGGGACCUGUUUUAACUGUAGAAAUUGUAGAGCAUUAUAGUUUGUCUGAUUCCGAAUCACCUUACUGCGUGCUAAUCACGCGGAUUUGCUGCUCCUGCACGAACAGUGAGACAUCGUCUGGGGUAAGCAAGAAGGAACGUACGUACAUUGUGUACAUAUACACCGUGAUUUCAAGGACUGCAUGUCUUUCAUAAUGUUACUAGAUAGGUAGGUCUAAAUAUCGGCAUAUCUAUAGCUAACGGUUUAAAUUGCCAAUUGUACGAUGAAAUUCACGCACACGUUUCUGUUGAUUUACAUAACGUAUUGCAUCUGUCUACCAAACCUGUGCAUUCAUAAUCAGCCAAAUGAAUUAUCACUUCGAUUAUAUCAUAAUUACCUCUCGUUUUUAUUAUGUUAUUUUGACAUCUAAGUCAACAGCGACGUCAGAAACAGAUGAGAAAGGUCUAGGACAUUUGUCCUCGUGACUGUAACAUUCAAUUUGAACUAUUUCUAUAGUUAUGUUUGCUAUAGUUAUUUGUUAUAGCUAUAUAUGUUUCACAAUUUAUUUCAUGCUAAAAAUGAUAUGUUGGGAGCAAACGUGUCACGUUAUUCUGUAUGCUAAUGAGAAUGAAAUUUGAAUGAAAUUAUUUGAGUACAUUCAAUAUUUCCGUUCGAAAUUUCGACGUACGAUCCAAACCAUUCCUUCGCUCAAUAUUGGCUUCAACUCAUGUUGGCUAAGCUAGUAGCUGAAUGUUAUAUGACUGAUGUUAUCAAGAGCUAAUAAAUACCUAAACAUGUAUUCAUUAGCUCUUGAUGUUAUCCGGCAGAAUCACAAGCAAGAUUUAAUAGAAUAGAUUGGUCGUUUUACGGUGUAAAUCACUAGUCUAGUAUCACCCGGUGUUUAAAUUAGUAGCUGUAUUUAAUGAUCUUACUUAAGCGACUAUUAUGAGACACUAUUAUGUCAGUAUUGGCGUUAUCGAAUUUUAAGUUUAUUUUUGAAAAUCAUACUUCUAAAUUGCGUCAGUUGUGGUUUAGAGGAAGAAGGGGGCGAUAUUAUUAAUGCUGAGUUUCUAUUGAUAAUUUUCAAAGUUCGAGUAAUCAGAAUCGAAAUUUUACCUAAUUGUUAUAGGCUUAUGUCGGUAAGAACAAGAGUGAAAAAUGGUAUUUCUUUACUCUGUAUGAGAUGUUCAUUCCCUUGUGCUUGUUCAUCAUGGUAGCGUGUGGAGGUCCGUGGAGGUAUAGUAAGUGUGAUUCCAAUGCGUUCUAAUAAAUAUUAUUGAACUUGUUAAUAAAUCUGAUUUGUUAUAAGCGA